CCCGUGCGGGAGGGCAGCGGCGGGGCCCUGGCCACCUGGAGCUGCCAGCGGGGUUGGCCAGCCUCUCGCUCUGUGAGCGUCGAGUGCGGCGGCCCGAGGCGGGGUGGGGGCACCGUGCGGCCCACCCCCGACCUGGCCGAGAAGAGCGCCCAGUUGCACGCCAGAACACCAUCUCUGCCCCCCGGAAAGCAGCAAGGCCGGUGAAGUGCCCGCGCCCCCGCCUCAGCUGAAGUCUCCCCUUCAAGUCUCCCGCCCCUUCCCGCAGCUGGCGUUUGACACCUGAGUGGGCCGGAGGGCACGGGCCAUUGUCCUGACUUUCAUCCUGGCCCUGACCUGCACCCAGCGACACCCCCCACAGCGCCCCGCGCGCACACCCUCUUGUGCAGGGCGGUUCGGCUCCAGUGGCGGCUGCUGCUGUUGAAAUAUUUGAGUUCUGCCCGAGGCCCCGAUGAGGACAGAUGAGCCAGAGGGUGGUGGAGCAGGGGGCUCUGCCCCCAGGACCCGCCGGCAAGGAGCAUCCCCUUCCCCUCCAGGCCCGGGACCCAUGGCUUCCCCAGCAGCGGACGCGUCCUGCCUGCGGCGGGAGAAGCGGAGGCAGCUGGACGCGCGCCGCAGCAAGUACCGCAUCCGCCUGGGCGGCCACAUGGAGCAAUGGUGCCUCCUCAAGGAGCGGCUGGGCUUCUCCCUGCACUCACAGCUCGCCAAGUUCCUGCUGGACCGGUACACUUCUGGCUGUGUCCUCUGUGCAGGUCCAGAGCCUUUGCCCCCCAAGGGUCUGCAGUAUCUGGUGCUCUUGUCCCAUGUCCACAGUCGGGAAUGCAGCUUAGUGCCUGGUCUUCGGGGACCUGGGGGCCAAGAUGGGGGGCUGGUGUGGGAGUGCUCAGCCGGCCACACCUUCUCCUGGGAACCUUCCUUGAGCCCUACACCUCCAGAGGUGCCCAAGCAGACCUCUCUUCCACGGACUAGCCCAAGGAGCUGGAGCCCCGAGGCCAGGAGUGGGCAGGAGCCUGCAGUAGGCUCUUGGCCCUGCCCCCUUCCUAGAGGGCCUCCCCACAUCUGUCCUCAUUCCUUGAGCCCUGUGUUCCCUCCUUUGACCCUGCCUGUGUCAACAGGUUUGGAGUCUGCGCAUGAGAGGACUCAAGAAGCCAGGGUGCCCAGGGGGGCAGGACCCCCACCGGAGGCCUUCGUGCCCUCAGGAGAGGAAGAGGAAGACGGUGAGGAGGAUGAAGAGGAGAUGCUCAUCGAUGCCAGCCCAUGGACCUACAGCUCCUCCCCAGAUGACAGUGAGCCAGAUGACACCAGACCACCCCUUUCCCCUGUCACCUCCACACCCAAGGAGGGAGAGACAGCACCAGCCCCUGCAGCUCUCCCUGUUCCUGUUGCUACUCCACCCUCAUCCACACACACCGAGGGUGCCAGAGACCCUCUGCCAUCAGAUGCUGGGGUGCAGCUGGAGCUCAGUGGGACCCCUUCAGUGGCUCAGCAGACAGAGCCACUGGCCAGCCCUACAAGCCAGUCCUCAUCUGCCCUGACACCGGACUGGGAUGAGGACACUGCACAGAUUGGGCCCAAAAGAAUUAGGAAAGCUGCCAAAAGAGAGCUGAUGUCUUGUGAUUUCCCUGGCUGUGGAAGGAUCUUCUCCAACCGGCAGUAUCUGAAUCACCACAAGAAGUACCAGCACAUUCACCAGAAGUCCUUCUGCUGCCCGGAGCCCGCCUGUGGGAAGUCCUUCAACUUUAAGAAGCACCUGAAGGAGCACGUGAAGCUGCACAGUGACACCCGGGACUAUAUCUGUGAGUUCUGCGCCCGAUCUUUCCGCACCAGCAGCAACCUCGUCAUUCACAGACGCAUCCACACUGGAGAGAAGCCCCUGCAGUGUGAGAUCUGUGGGUUCACCUGUCGCCAGAAGGCCUCCCUGAAUUGGCACCGGCGCAAGCAUGCAGAGACAGUGGCAGCUUGGCGCUUCCCUUGCGAGUUCUGCGGCAAGCGCUUUGAGAGGCCAGACAGCGUGGCUGCUCACUGCAGCAAAAGUCACCCAGCUCUGCGCCCAGCCCCACAGGAACGACCCGGCCCACUGGAGCCCUGUUGCAGCGGCUCUGCUCCCGAACCUCUGGGGUCCGCUGAAGGCUCUGGUGCUCCUUCAGCAGUGACCUUUCCCCCUCAGCUGGCUUCAGGGAGCCAGUCCCCAGGGACUGCACAGGACUAAAAGCCAGGAGGAUAACUGCAGAUAUCUGGUCCCAGAAACUAGGCCACAGGGAUUGCAGGUGGAGGCACGGGCCCUGAAGAGCCAGGCUACUUUAGUCUUCCUGAAGGAAAGAAUAAACGAGUAUUUUACAUGAGCACUUUGGGCAGAGCACGUUUUAGUACCUGAGAUGUAGGAAUGCUGGAUUUCUUUGAGAGCUGGAUGUGAGAGUGUGCCAGCAUGCAGGACAGGUACAGGCCCCUCUCUCUCUCUGCAGGCUCUCACCUGCCCUCACCCUGAUUUCCAGAUUCACUAGGCACUUUGGUAGUCUUUCCUGGGGAGUAUAAACCUACUCUCAUCCUUGAAGAGAGAGGCUGUAACAGUAUGGAGAGAGGGUCCCCACAGAGUGGUGGGCGAAGCUAGACCAGGAUGAGGCACGUCAUCUAGGUCCUUGGAAAGGGGUGAGACCUUGGAACUAUAGAAGGACCUGGCUCUUGGAUACUCCCAAAGUCUGUGAAGACAGCAACCUCAGAUUUGACAAAGAGAUUCUUGGCAUCCAAAAUCCAAACAACUCUUUUAUUUCACCAGCCGUAAGCAAAAAGUCACAAUUCCAGGAGUCUCCGUCCUGCUUCCACCUGUGAACCUGUUACCCCAUGGUUCCAAGUUUGAUUUGGAAAUAAUAUUCUGAUACUCCA